GUUUUCGUUCCGCCUUUGCAGGAAUCUAUAUAGUCUUCGACCCUUGAGGAGUUCCCUAGUGUAUAUAUAUAGGUAUAUAUUUAGCUACCGGCUGGUGACAGACCCAUCCCAGCUGCGUUCCGUUUCGGCUUCACCAUAUUUGCUGCCUGAGUCUUUCACGAUGCAAAUUCCCCCACCUUUCGUGUGCUAUCAGUGUCACUGCCAGCAUCUCAAUUCUUCGUCGAAGCUUGCUGAAGGAGCCCAGGAAUACGACCCAUCAGGGGUGGCAACAUCGGAUCCUCCUCACUCGGCAGAGUAUCUCGAGUUAUUUCCCAUAAGCCGUCUCUACUUUUGCGACCAAUGCCAUCACUCCAUGUGCCCAAAGUGCAUUGUGGAGGAGAUCGUCAGCUACUACUGUCCAAACUGUCUGUUCGAAGUGCCGACGGCGUCGGUAAAGGGGGAGAAGAACCGAUGUGGGCGAAACUGCUUUGAAUGUCCAGUAUGCCAGAACACUUUGAGUGUGGUGUCCACCGUUGAGCAGCCGGCUAUGGCAACAAGCCAGAGUACGGCAUCCGCUGGAAGUGCCCCAACUCCGAGCGGGAAUACCCAUUAUCUCACAUGUGGAGCAUGCCGAUGGGACUCACUGGAGAUUGGAUUGCAGUUCGAGCGGCCAACGGGCCUCGCAACACAGCUACUACCGAUGGAAGAGGCUCGACAAGAUGUCAAAGAGUUUUCGAAUCUUCGUCAAUAUUUUGAAAAGAUGAUGAAGGAGAACGAAGCCAACUCGGCGUCCAAUCUGAGUCUCAUACGAGGCUUGUCAACAACUGGGCUGACCUUAUCGCCCUCGUUGCUGGCUGCCAUCCCUGGGUUGUCUGCUCUCGCGAACCUGUCGCGCAAAUCGAGCUCAAAGAUGGUCAUUCCGAGGCAGCAGAACGAGCAGAAGUUUGUGUCGGUCGCAAAAGCUCGUGAAGAAAUAGAGAAGGAGAGAGUAGAUAUCAUCCGAAAUGGGUCAGCUAAUGUCACAUCACUACGGCAAAGACUUGACCAGUCAAAUGACGCUGCGUUGACGAGAGACUCGUACUAUCCGCAGCGCAUUCAGCUUCGCACGAAACGUUCCAAACGCUGUCGUGGAUGUGAGCAGCUAGUAGUCAAAGCAGAUCAUAAAGCACAGAGCACGCGGUUUCAGUUUAAGCUCAUGGGAAUUAACUUCUUCCCCAACAUAAAGAUAUCGCAGCCCUUUCCCGACUCCUUUGCUUGGGGCACACCAGCACGUAUCAUUCUCAAGUUCACUAAUCCUCUAGAUGUCGGAAUGUCGAUCGCCCUGGCCACGAGUAGCAGCUCACUACGCAGUCUGAGACUUAACGACUUGCCAGACGUGGAUGAUAGCCGGUCACAUCAAAACUGCGAAGUCACACUCCUAGCUCCGACCUUCCAGAUUGACCCGGUGCAGGAGAUAUGGGAUGUGGGAGAGGAGACGUCUGGGCUUGUUGCUGGACAGGGUCAAAUUGGAAUUCAUUCCAGAAAGAAGAAUACCGCUAGCGUAAUCGUCCAAGUCACGCCGAAAAAGCCUUUGAAUAUGGUGGAUGGGGAGACACAGACAUUGCAGUUCGCUUUAUUGGUGCAUGUCAAGCCUCAGACGCCCGAGCCUGUCGCAGAUGCGGCAACGGUACCGACAGAAGGCGUGAAGCCUAAGGUUACUCUACGGGAGCCAAUUGCUUUCUGGGUGAUGGUUGGGCUUGGCACCCUGGGUCCUUCCGAGACGGGCGCUACUUUCACGCCGUACCUGGUCCCAGAUUUAAGUUAAACUCUGUAUGAGACUAUUGCAUUGGGCAUGCACACGAUACCGGUCUGCCACACACUCCCAUUAUAGUCAUAGGCGUAUCUGACAUACAUCA